UCUUGUCUGCAUACUCCCCCUCCCUUCUAAAGCAUGGUGAAAAUCAAAGCAAGCAUGAUUGGAUAAUAUUUAGCACACGUAGAGCCAACCCAAGCGACAUUCCAAUCUAUGGCUUCAGUUUAAUCGUAAACCAAUUUAGAUUUUCUAUUCCCUAAUUUCCUUCAUCAAGUAUCCCCUUUUCCCCUUCUGAUUGAUUCCUAUAAAUUUCGAGAUAUCAGAAAACAAGCAACAGAAGAACUCCACAAAUCUCAUGGCUUCAGCAUUAACAAACCCUUUACUUUCCUCCAACUUUUUUGGCACCCAAGUAUAUAUAUCUUCUCCCACACCCAAAACAGUUUCAAGAAAGUUCAUUGUUCCACAAUCGAUUCUUAACAACAAGAAUUCCAACAAAUCAAAGGUCGUCUCAAGUCAUGGAGCUUUGGCUGCUCUACUUUUCUCUUCAAUUGCUCCGCAAGCAUUAGCGUUGGAUAAUACUCCACCACCUGCUCCUGCUCCACAAGUGAUCGAAAUCGAGGCCCAAAAGACUAGCCAGUCAUCACCCUUUGCCCAAAAUCUAAUCUUGAAUGCUCCAAAGCCUCAGGCCCAGUCCACCUCUGAUCUCCCUGAAGGUUCCCAAUGGCGUUACAGUGAAUUCUUGAAUGCGGUGAAGAAGGGUAAGGUCGAGAGAGUGCGGUUCAGUAAAGAGGGGAGUGCCCUUCAGCUGACCGCAGUGGAUGGCCGCCGGGCAACUGUGAUUGUCCCCAAUGACCCGGACUUGAUUGACAUUUUGGCAAUGAAUGGUGUUGAUAUUUCGGUUUCUGAAGGUGAUUCUGGAAAUGGGCUGUUUAAUUUUAUUGGGAAUUUGCUGUUUCCAGUGCUUGCUUUUGCUGGCCUUUUCUUUUUGUUUAGACGGGCCCAGGGCGGGCCGGGCGGGCCUGGAGGACUUGGCGGGCCAAUGGACUUUGGCAGGUCCAAGUCCAAAUUCCAGGAGGUGCCUGAGACUGGUGUCACAUUUGCUGACGUAGCAGGGGCUGAUCAAGCAAAAUUGGAGUUGCAAGAGGUAGUUGAUUUCUUGAAAAACCCUGAUAAGUACACUGCAUUGGGUGCAAAAAUUCCGAAAGGUUGUCUUUUGGUUGGUCCACCCGGUACUGGAAAGACCCUUUUGGCAAGGGCAGUGGCUGGUGAAGCAGGGGUACCGUUCUUUUCCUGUGCUGCAUCAGAGUUUGUAGAGUUGUUUGUAGGUGUUGGAGCUUCAAGAGUGAGGGAUUUGUUUGAUAAGGCCAAGUCUAAAGCUCCUUGCAUUGUGUUCAUUGAUGAAAUUGAUGCUGUGGGUAGGCAAAGAGGGGCAGGACUUGGUGGGGGAAAUGAUGAAAGAGAGCAGACUAUUAAUCAGCUCUUGACUGAAAUGGAUGGAUUUUCAGGUAAUUCUGGUGUUAUAGUCUUGGCAGCGACCAAUAGGCCGGAUGUUCUUGAUUCAGCAUUGCUGAGGCCGGGGAGGUUUGAUAGACAGGUCACCGUAGACAGGCCUGAUGUUGCUGGUAGAGUCAGAAUUCUUCAGGUGCAUUCCAGAGGAAAGGCACUUGCCAAGGAUGUCGAUUUUGAAAAGAUUGCCAGGAGAACGCCAGGUUUCACCGGUGCUGAUUUGCAAAACCUGAUGAAUGAGGCAGCCAUCCUAGCCGCAAGGCGUGACCUUAAGGAAAUAAGCAAAGAUGAGAUAUCUGAUGCCCUCGAGAGAAUAAUUGCCGGACCAGAGAAGAAAAAUGCCGUUGUAUCUGAUGAAAAGAAGAGGCUAGUUGCUUAUCAUGAGGCUGGGCAUGCAUUAGUCGGUGCUCUGAUGCCAGAGUAUGAUCCAGUUGCCAAGAUCUCCAUCAUUCCUCGUGGCCAAGCUGGUGGGCUUACCUUCUUUGCUCCAAGUGAAGAGAGACUUGAGUCAGGAUUGUACAGUCGAAGCUACCUAGAAAAUCAGAUGGCAGUCGCACUUGGUGGAAGGGUGGCCGAAGAGGUUAUUUUUGGACAGGAGAACGUAACAACAGGGGCGUCCAAUGACUUCAUGCAAGUUUCAAGGGUCGCAAGACAGAUGGUUGAGAGAUUUGGGUUCAGCAAAAAGAUUGGACAAGUGGCCAUCGGUGGACCUGGUGGGAACCCCUUCCUAGGCCAACAGAUGUCAAGCCAGAAAGACUACUCAAUGGCAACAGCAGAUGUGGUGGAUGCAGAAGUGAGAGAACUGGUAGAGAGAGCGUACACAAGGGCCACGCAGAUAAUAACCACACACAUAGACAUUCUGCACAAGCUUGCUCAGUUGCUGAUAGAAAAAGAAACAGUUGAUGGAGAAGAGUUCAUGAGCCUGUUCAUUGAUGGUAAAGCUGAACUGUAUAUUGCCUGAUUCUGUUCUGAGAACUUGCAAAAUUUGUUUUAUAUAUAGGUCUACAUACCAAUUGUACACGCUGAUAGCGAUAAAAUAUUAUUCAACAUAUUUGAGUGGUAAUAAUUAAGCAUGACCAUCUACUCAA